AUGUUUUACUCCAGUCUGUCUUCCAUUUUUUUUUCUCUCACCUUCUCUCUAAAUCUUUGUCACUCUUCCACUUUCUUUCUCUCGUCCCCUCGCUCUUUCUUUCCCUCUCUCUAUCUCACACACACAAACUCUCUCUCUAGCUGUUUAUGCUCCAUUUACUCAGUCUUUACCUUCAGUCUUUUACUCUAUCUACCCUCAUUUAAAUAUUUUUCUAUUUAUACCCUUUUUUCCGAACAGCUUUCUUUGUUUCUCACUCUCUCUCUCUCUCUCUCUCUCUCUCUCUCAAUUUUUGCAUCUAUCUUUCCCUCUAUUUAUGUUUAUCUGCUUCCAUUCGUCUGUCUAUCUAUCUAUCUAUCUAUCUAUCUAUCUCUCCUUACACUCGUUCUUUCUUACUUUCUUUCUAUUUAUAUUAUCUCUCUCAGUCUAUAUUUUCUGUCUCUCCGUUUUCCUUACUAUGUCUCAAAAUCUUUCACUUUCUCUCCUCCUCUCUCACUCCCUUCCCAUUCUCUCACCCUCUUACUUUCUCUAUCUGUUUAUUUUCCAUUUACUUCGUCUUUACUUUUUGUCAUUUUCUCUAUCUACACCUAUUUAAAUAUUUUCCAUUUAUACUUUUUAAGUAUUACUCUCCUAAACAUUUAUAUAUGUAUUCCUCACUAUCUUUAUCUGUUUCCAAUAUCUAUCUAUCUAUCUAUCUAUCUAUCUAUCUAUCUAUCUAUCUAUCUAUCUAUACUCUUGCGCUUUCUUUCUUUCUUUCUUUCUUUCUUUCUUUCUUUCUAUCUAUCUAUCUAUCUUUACUCUUGCGCUUAUUUUCUUUCUUUCUUUCUAUCUAUCUAUCUAUCUAUCUAUCUAUCUAUCUAUCUAUCUAUCUAUCUAUCUAUCUAUCUAUCUAUACUUACUAUUGCUCUUUCUUUCUUUCUUUCUUUCUAUCUAACUAUCUAUCUAUCUAUACUUACUCUUGCGCUUUCUUUCUUUCUUUCUUUCUUUCUUUCUAUCUAUCUAUCUAUCUAUCUAUCUAUCUAUGAGUCAUUUUAUUCGACAAUUCUCGGACCAUCGCAGUGA